GAUAGAUGAGCCAGCGCAAGAGGUUCCCAAUGAGCAGGCCCCAGGGGCGACAGACUCGAAGGCGCAGAAGAUGGCUCCAAAGGACCAGGUCCGCAUCAUCAUCGAGACAGACAGCAAGACAGGACUUGGCAGAAAGCAGCUACUCGUUCCUUACAACAUGACCUUUGGACAGCUUCGACAGAAUCUGGAGCGCAGAGAGCCAAAUAGCGCGGUGCCAAGAAUGCAUGUUCUCACGGAGGGCCUUAUCAUAGCAGUCGAGGAUCACCAGCUCAUUGGCAACAUAUCAGAUGGCAACCAUGUCGGUGGUCAAGUGAGCAUCGCUUUCGACACGCAAGACACGAAGCUCGUAGGCAAGUGAGCUGACGCCUUGGCGCGCGCGGGCUGGGUUGUCCGUUGCUUUAGUUGUUUCACGCCCUGCGCAAGGUGGUUUGGUUUGUGCCAGAAAGGUUGGAGGGCGACGCCGCGAGGCGGCGGCCUUCUUCAUCCAGGGGUGGGUGCGAC